AUGGCUCCUCUCGACCUUGUCAUCCGCUUUGGCGGAGCAGGAUUCGGUGACACCAGCAAGUUCAAGGAAGCAAAGGACGCUCGACCACUGUUCGACGUACUCAAAGAACAAGGCAUUACCCACAUCGACACAGCACAUCUCUACGGAAACUCAGAGACUUACCUGGGCGAGAUCGACGCGGGGAAGGAGUUCCAAUUUGACACGAAAUGGAAGGGAGGCUUUUCGCCAGGCAGUGUGACGAAAGAUAAGAUCAUCGAGACAGCCGAUGAGAGCUUGAAGAAGCUGGGCGUGAAGAAGCUUGAUAUCUUCUAUCUCCAUGCUCCUGAUACAUCGAUCCCAUGGACUGAACAGCUCGAAGGCGUGAAUGAGGUCUACAAGAAGGGCACCUUCGAGCGCUUUGGCGUCUCGAACUUCUCGGCAGCUCAAGUUCAGGAAGUCUACGAUAUCUGCAAGGAGAAGGGCUAUCCUCUUCCCGUGGUCUAUCAAGGCAAUUACGCUGCUCUCACGCGAGUUCCCGAGGUCGAGCUGUUCCCUCUACUGCGCAAGCUCAAGAUCGCUUUCUACGCCUACUCGCCUCUCGUUGGAGGUCUCCUGACCAAGACGGCCGACGAAAUCAAGGCUGGUGUUGGCAGAUUCGGAAAUCCUGCGCUGUAUGGUGGAAUGUACAACAAACCCAAGUACCUUGAAGCAUUGGGCGAGUGGGAAAAGGCCGCAAAGGAGGAGGGCGUUGGUCGAGCUGAGCUUGGUUUUCGGUGGAUUGCAUGGCACUCGGCUCUCGACUCCACGGGCAAGAGUGGUGACGGACUCGUUGUGGGGGCAUCACGACCGGAGCAAGUGUCUACAACCCUCGACUACAUUCGCAAAGGUCCGCUGAGCGACAAAGCCGUCAAGACCAUCGACCAUAUGUGGGAGCUAGUCAAGGAGGAGGCUCCGAUUGACAACUUCAAUAGGUGA